AUGGGCAGGCAGGCUCUUAAAACGAGCAGAGAGUGGCAACAACAGCACAGCGACGAGCACGGAGAAGCACGGACUAGCACGGAGAAACACGGAGACGCAUGGAGACAAGAACAAGCCACGAAGGAGGACCACGAGCGGGACACAUCAAGUACCAAGGAGGCAAACCGUGAAGCGAUCUACAUGCAGCGGCGGGGCUCAUACCCCGCCUGCGCAAGGUCUACGGCCCGGGGUCCGCAGCGGCAGCUGGAGACUGCAAUCCGUGGUGAAGAGCGAGGACGCAGAGGCACUGGGACGUACCAUGAAGCGACCUACACACAGCGGAGGGGCUCAUACCCCGCCUGCGCUAAGCGGUGUCCGCCAUUCGCAUUGGGGACGAGCGACGUCGACCUGCCUCUGGCCCGCUUUAGUCUCAGCCAUUGGGGCACAAUCCCCCCGGAGCCCCCACACCAGAGGUUUCUGGGUUUUAACUAA